GCCUUCUUUAACAAGGCACCACCGCCACCUCCUCCUCUCCAAACGAACAAACAAAAAGAGGCCUCUCUUCCCUGCCCCGCGCCUCUCCCCACCCGUCUCUCAGCUCUCCUCAGCCUCUCGCCGCCCCCGCCUCCGGCUGCGAUUCCGAUGACUCCGCCCCUCGAGGCGCGCGACUACAUCGGCCUCGGCGCCGCCGCCGCCUCCUCCUCCCCGUCCUGCUCGUCCGCGUCCUCCCCCGCCAGCCAGGCGCCGGGGCCGCACCUCGCGCUCCGCCUCGGGCUCCCGGGGUCGGAGUCCCCCGUCGACGCGGCGCUCACCCUCGGCCCUGCACCUCCCAGGGGCGGCGCCAAGCGCGGGUUCGCCGACUCCCUGGACCGACCCGUGAAACGGGAUGCUGCUACCGAUGACGCUGCUGGGGGCGUGAGGGGGGAGGAGAAGGGGAUGGCGGAAGCCGCCGCGGGAGCUCCACGAGCUGCCAAGGCACAAGUUGUUGGAUGGCCGCCUGUUCGGAGCUACCGGAAGAAUACGUUAGCUGCGAGUGCCACAAAGACCAAGGAGGAAGACGAAGAUAGAAGUGAGGCAGGAUGCUGCUAUGUUAAGGUCAGCAUGGAUGGAGCCCCGUACCUAAGGAAGGUGGAUCUCAAGACAUAUUCAAGCUACGAGGAUCUCUCACUUGGUCUUGAGAAAAUGUUCAGCUGCUUCAUCACUGGUAAAAGCAGUUCAUGCAAGCCAUCAAGAAAAGAAAGGCUUAAUGAUGGUUCUAGGGCUGAUGCCCUUCAGGACCAAGAAUAUGUCCUUACUUACGAAGACAAAGAUGCUGACUGGAUGCUCGUUGGUGAUCUUCCCUGGGACUUGUUCACCUCAAAUUGUCGGAAACUGAGAAUUAUGAGAGGUUCUGACGCUGCUGGCAUGGCUCCAAGAUCACUGGAACAGAUGGGUCGGAACAAAUAGGUGUCCUGUCCUACAUCUGAACAACAAAAGAACGGACUAGUUUAAUUGUGAGAUGGCACUGAAGGGUGCGAUGGUUAUUCCGAAGUGCUUCUGUUAGACUUUUUUACAUGUGCAGUGAGAUCUGUGGCCUACUGUAAGACACCCAUUUUGCCCACGAGAUUGUCAUGUGUCAUUGUAGAUGGUCGCUUUUGUCUGUGAAAGAUCGAACCCGGUAGCCUACUGCUUCCUCUAUGAUACUUUAAUUUGUUUGCUUAUAUAUAUUCAGAAGUUUGCACUG